AUGCUCAAUACGCACGUGCUCAAGCGAGACGUGUUUCUUGGGGACGUUGCUGCCGUGAAACGGCUAACAGCGAGGAAAGCCAUGAACAGGGGGCAUCGACGAGCUCGUCCACCUAAAGCCGCCCUGAAGAUCGAACAGGCUACAAAGGUGGCUGCUCGGAAGCGGGACGAUGCCUUGGCAAAGGCCGAGGCUGACAAGAUAAAGAAACAAGCCCAGGCAACACUUACUCGCCGGAAACAGGCCCUCCUGAUCAAGGAGGACGAGAGUAAGGCCAUCACCAAGGCAGUCAAGGCUCGUCUGGCUGCUGAACGAACGGCUUGGAAAGAGCGUCAACAAGUCGAGAAGGAGGCGGUCGAUGCGAGAGUCAAGGCCACCAAGCUCGCCGAGAAAGACCGUAUCGAAAAGGAGAAAGAAAUCGAGGCCAAGCGUCAAGCCGCUAUAAAGAUCAUCGAGGCUAAACGCGACGCUGCCAUCGCCAAAGCUGAGAAGGACAAAGCGGCUGCUGAACUCAAGAAGGAGAAGGCCAGUCGGAUUGCCAACUCUCGUCAAGCCGACGACAACAUUGCUGCCAUUCCGGUGCAACCCACGUUGUGGCAACGUAUCUGGGGCGACACAGAAACGCAUCUCGCUGCUGAGCCCACUCCAGCACCAGCCCCACCUGCUACCAAGGCUUGA